UUAGAGCGCAGACGCACAGAGCGCGGAAUCUUAAAAAUAUCAACAUGGCGGGUGUUUACCUACCACGCUACGAGUAAGAAAUAGCCUAGUUAUCGACGAUUGCACUUUAUUAAGUGAAGUUGUACAUUGAGAUGAGGCCAAGAGUACCAUGGAUGCCGUCAGUAAGCACAAGUUUUCAAAGAAGACUUGUUGUUCCGGGCAAAUUCCUCUAACUUUAAUAAAGACUACACCUUGCUCGCAAACUGCUAAACCAUCACUUUAUCAGAGCUCGUUCUUUGGAAUAUAUAAAGAGCGAUGCCAGGAUGGCAUUGGUUUCAUCAGUCAUGACUGGUUCUCCACAAAGGCCCACAUAAAAUCUGAAGAUGUUAACCAGCAGGAUGUGGACAUUGGUUCCAUGUCUUGUCUGGCAAAAGAUGCGACAGACUUUUUUGGAGAAAAUCAUGUGUUAAAGGAUGACUUUACUUUCAAAACACCAAAUAGAAGACUUUUGGGAAAAUCAAAACAGUUAUAUUCAACUCCUGUUCUUUCCUUAUCAUCAAGCACUGUUACUACACCCUCGUUAUUUAGUCCAGAUGAGCAAUCGGCUUCUAAGCGCAAUUUUUGGAACACUACGAGUGACUCAGCAAACAUCAGGCUUACUGGUACAGCUUUUAGCCCAAGCUCACCUGGUAGUUCAGCAUUCACACCAAAUCAGGCAUCUACGUCAGUCUUCAAGUCUCCUUCCCCAUAUGUCCCUUCCCGCUCUACAUCAGCUUUGACGUCCCCCUCACCAUUUGCCCCUUCGCAGUCUUUCAGUAGUGGUGGUGCAUCUUUUACAAACUUUACAUUUGAUGAUGAUAGCUCAACAAUUGAGAAGCAACGUCUUAUAAAGAACAAACCGGGAGGAGGAGCUUCGCAUCUAGAUAUAUCCAUUGGCUUGUGCCAGAAGGCUUCUUCUCUUGGAAUGGAUCAUGAUGCCAAUCUGUCAUGGACAAGUUCCCUUGCAACUCCACCUAUCAACUCAUCUGGAAUUUCUUGUAAAAGUAGUGAAAAGCCAAAUAACAUGAGAGAAUCACCAGUAAAGCAUCAGUCUGGGGUAAUUGCAAGAGCACUGUUCACUGACAAUAAUGUACCAAAAGAUACCUGGAUAGUGGAUAGUCAGAACACUACUGACCUGUUUGAUCUUGAAAAGACAUCAUCAGAUGAAGAUGAAAAAGAAAUGACUGUUGAAAUUGAAACAUUAGAAGCUACGCUUAAACAGCAUGACCAAACUUUAAUAAAUGAAAACCAGAGUGAAACAAAUUCUAAGGAAAGUCAGAGCAAUUGUGAGGGAUUCAACCAUGACAUAAUCAGUUCUAAAAAAUCUGAUGAAACAGGUUUGGACAUUCAGCAACUGGAGUCUGAAGAAACAAUUAUUAGUAAUGACCACAGGCCAGUAGCAGAGGAUGAAACAAGUACAUUGGGAUGUCACUCUAUAUUUGAGUUUUCAAAAUGCAGCAGUAGAGAAAAGGAAACCGAGAAACUUGAUGGCAAAGAUACUUCAACAUCGAAGUUGCCAGACUACCAAACUUUGCAAAUUGACUCCGAUUUUGCAAAACAUGAUCACCUUGAAUCUUCAGUUAGAUUAGAAGUCUUUCCAGGGAAGCAAGCUCCAGAAAAUAAAGUGGCACUACCUUCAACAGCCUCACAAGACAAACUGCAGUGCAAGUUUUCUCCUGAUGGCAACUCUAACAUUGCAGACACUCUUGCAUUCCUUCUUGAUACACCACCAGAAAGACAACAGAAACUUUCCAAGAAGAAACCACCACAGAAAGGUUCAUUUUAUAAGUGGAAGAGAAAGCGAAAAAGGAAGGCAUCCAUAAAGGGUAAUAAAGGAAAACAUGUGGAGGCCGGUGAUCUUACAGAUACUCCAGGCAGUGGAUAUACACAGGAUAGUCUGACGGAAGAGAAAGGAAAUGAUGGAAUACAAAGUGAAAACCAUAAUACAAUUCAUCAAGUUCAGUCAAGUACAAAUAACUUGAAUAAAUCUCAUCAGACUUUGUGUACUUCAAACAUGCCAAAAAUAGAAUACCCUAUACAAGACAACAAAAAAGCUGAGCCUAUCCUUGACUCCACUUGUGUUAAGCUUGGUUCUCCAGUUUCUUCCAACUCUGAUGGUGCUAUGAUUUUUAGUCCAAAAGGUGUAGAUCCCUUUUCGCAGAUUUCGCCAACAUUUGCUGAUGCCUUGUGUAGGGCUACAGAUGCAGUGUCUACCAACGUAGGUGGAGGUGUUAAAUAUGACUGUAGUGGAAAUUUUACGCUAGCCAAAUCUGAAAUUCGUCAAAAUAAAGAUUUUAUUUUAAAUAGAGAUAACUGUAAUGCUGAAGAAGAUAUGUGCAAUAUGUUAGUCAGUGGUGCUACUGUAGAAAACUUAAGAUAUAAGAAAGAGUCGAACACAAAGUCAGUUAUUGAAGCUUGUGUUAAUAGAAAAUCUGGUGCUAAAGAUCUGAAGAAGGUUGAUCCUGAAUCCAUAUCAACAAGGAGGGCAUCAAAGUCAUCGUUUAUGUAUCCACCGGAAAUGCAGAAGUUAUUACCAAAUCUGUCAAGAACUAGAAAGCUAUUUGAUACAUUUUUUAAAUGUCCUACUAGACCUUCUUUUACUUACUCUGCUGAAGAGAGCGAAUUAAAGAAACAAUCCCCUAAACGAUGUCAGUGGAUGAAAAAUGCUACAAUUGUUAAAGAAGACAGCGAUGAGGAAGAUAAGAACGUUGAGACAACUAAGGCAGAGGGAGAGAAAAUCAAUGCAGUGUCGCUGCCAAUAUUUCAAGAGCAACCAAAACUUCCUGUGAAAAAAGAGUUUGUGACUUUUACAUCUUUCUUUGAUGAUGAAGUAGAAGAUAAAUCAAGAAAUACCAUCUCUAAUUCUUUAGUUGAACAUAAGACAACGCCAGUUAGUAGAAAAAAGAACCAUCUACCAGUACAAAGGAAAUAUAGAAAGUAUCAACCACAUUCCAAGAAACUUAGAACAGAUGAAAUACCAGAAAGAAUUGCCAACAUGAAGGACAAUCCUGAUAUGAUACCAGAUAAAAAGCUGCCUUUGAUAUCCAGAGGCAGUGAUCAUUCCAUUGAGAGAAAUGACAUAAUUAAAGACAUUCCAAUGAUAUGUAAUGUUGAUUGCACUCACAUUUCAGAUGAGAAACCACAAAUAGCUAAGUAUAGUAUGUCAGCAUCUGGUACAAGAAUCAAUAUUUCUUGUGAUGGAACCUUGAAAACCAGCAACCUCUCAACAGAUAAUGUAGACACCCAAAGCAGAGCUGACAUGGAUGGUCUGCAGCACAUCACUGUUAAUGUUGUGGAAAAACCAUUAGAAUGUUUAAAGAAUGUCCAUUCAGAUGUAAUGCUAGAGAAACCAGAGGAACCAGAAGACAAUUUAAUUAAUUUUCCCCCUGCAAAUGAGAAGGAUGUGCAAUCAGACUUCGAAUCAGUGAUAAAAAAAAAUUGUGAAGCAGUUCAAAAUUUGGAAAAUGCCACAAUAGAUGCUUCUGUUAUGGAUUCAAGUGAAGAAAAAGGUGUCACUAAAGCCACAGAGAGCUGUUCUGAAUUAAACAAUAUGAAUUUAGAGGUUACCAGAGAAGAUCUGUCUUAUUUGUCCCAUUUUGGACAACAAAAACAGAAUUCCUCAAACUUAGAAGACCUCAGUAUUGGGUCUGAACUGAAGUCUCUUUCUGAACCUGAUGGAUAUAUAUCUUCCAGGGGAAAAGAAGUCAUUAUUUCCAAUUCUUCAUUGGGGAAAACUAAUUCCUUAAUUGCAUCUACGGAUCCUGACAUGAUAUGUACUAAAGAAAGCCUAUUUCAACAUCAACCACUUGUCAAGAAUAGUAGCACAAAAAUUGAUGGAUUAGGAGGAUUUUCUUGUGCUGGUGGCAAGCAGAUUAUUGUUUCAGAAAAGUCUUGGAAGCAUGCUCAGUCUGUAGUGUCCGAAGUCAAUGCAGAUUUUGAGAAGGAUACAAAAGAGCAAAUUGAUUUACCAUCAUUAAAUCUGGAAGCACAAGCCAACAAUAAACAGCUUCCAGCAGAACCAAUGAAGUUUAAACCAUCAACAAAGAUUGAAGAUAGUAAUGAAGUCACCAAUUGUAAUAAGUAUGCUCUACUUUUGUCUAAUGCCAGUGCUGAAAAAUUUAAAAUCAAAAGGUUGAAUACUAGUUGUCAUCCAGUUGUGUUCAAGAAAGAUUCCAUAUUGGCGGUUUCUGAAAAAGAAAACAAUUCGGAGACGACUACCAGUAAAGAAGCUGUAGGUCACACUCUGAAAUCAGAUGAUUAUUUAGAAAACUUUGAUGAUGAUUUUGUUUCUGAUACACAAGCUGAAAAGGAAAUUGCAGCUGCUGAUGAGGCUGAAAUGGUGUAUGCAUUCAUGCAAGAGGAAGUGGAGGACAACCUAUUGGAAGAAGUCAAUACAAGAGAAAAGCAUGACAUCAGUAGUGUCUGCAUUAAAGAAGUAACAGACCACCAUAAAUAUAAGCAUGAUGGUAUGUUUGAAGAAUGUAGAGUACCAAAAGUAAACUACACAUCGAAAAGCACGGUUGCUACUAAGAUAAAUGAAGAUGCCAAUGGUAAAGGCUGUGCAAAUCCUGCGAUGGCUAGUUUAUCCGAUGUACCUCAAGGACACCAGGCUUCAGAUGGAUUUUCUUUUCCAGAUCAUCAUAUGGAAAAAGAAAUUCACGUUUUAAGUCUAACAAAUGACAGUGAGGUUCCAGCAGGAGGAAUCAAAGCUGAAGAAAAUUUAAAAUGCAACAACGCUGAAGAGAAUAUCUGCAAAAAUGUUAAUGUAUUUGCCUCUGCACAUCUGUGUGACCAGACAUUAGGGAAUUCUCAAAAUUUACUACUAGCAUCUGUACAAAAUGUUGAAAAUGGAAGGUUGGAGGAGGAAAGUGCUAUGCAAGAAAGCACUGAUGAAAUGACUACAGGACCAAUUCAGUCCUCACUCAAUAGCAAGCAGGUAAUGAAUUUUGGAUUUCAGACAGCAGGAGGAGUCAAGGUAGCUAUAUCAGAGAAGGCACUAAGACAUGUUAGAGGAUUGGUGAAUCAAGAUGGCUUUGAAGAAGAUCCUCAUCUGCUAGAUCACGUAGUACCUGAAACUUCAGAAUCAUGUACAAUUACUAAUUUAAAUAUCACAUUAGGAAAAGGAAGAAAUAUGAUUGAAGAUCAUGCAAAUGGAGCUGAUGAAUUCCCAAAACUAGUUCCUGCCACAGAUGACCCAUUUCAAGAAAAUUCUAAAAGACCUUCAUCUCUGAUUCGAAGCAGUUGCUCUCAGGCAUUUAACACAGUUAGUGGUAAGAGCAUUUCCAUCUCAGAGAGUGCACUACAAAAGGUAACAGUGGGGAACACUGAAUUUCCAAAUCAAACUUCAGCCAUAUCUGUUCUCUCUAGUGCUGUCGAUUGCCAAGGACCAAUACCAGCAGAGGCAACUUCUUCUCGUAAGUCAAAUAAAGAAAAAUAUUUUGUUGGCUUUAUGACUGGAAAUGGGAGGAAAGUGAACAUUUCUGAAGAGGCUUUAAAAAAAGUAAAACAGGAUUUUGUUAAUGAAGAUGUUGUAAGUGAUAUGCUUUUUACUGAAAAGAGAAUAAAUGCUAGUGCAUCAAAACCAGACAGUUCCAGCUUAACAAAGAGCCAUGUUUUAAGAUUCAAGGAGACUAUUUCAUCUAGAAAACCGCAUACAGUAAACCAAUUUGUUGGUUUUUUAAGUGGAAAGGGUCAAACAAUAAAUGUUUCACAAAGUGCUUUGGAAAAAGUGAAACUGAUGUUGGAUAAUGAGGAAGUUUCAAGUAAUUUACAUAGUGUGGAAAGAAAUACUGAGAACAGCACAUCUCAAGCAGACACCAGCAUGACUAGUAGUUGUGUAUCGCCACCUAAAGAGGCAUAUUUUGCCAGGUCAAAUAUUGAGAAGCCAUUUGUUGGAUUUAUGACUGGGAAAGGCGAAAAAUUAAAGAUAUCUGAAGAUGUUUUAAGCAAAGUUAAGCAGAAUUUUGCUGAUUUUGAAAAAGCCUCAGGUGAUAUGCUUUUAACAAAUACAACAUUACACUCCAGUGAAUCCAAUGUGUCAUGUCACAGUAAAGCCUCACCUUCUAGGACAUUUGUUGGUUUUCGAACAGGAAAUGGAAUAAAAGUAAACAUUUCUGAAGAUUCUUUCAGAAAAGUGAAACAAACAUUUGAUAAUGAAAAUUUAGCAAGUGAUGAGCUGCUUACAGAAAGCAAAUUAGAGUGCAUUAAGUCAAAACCAGACUCUUGUUUAACCAACAUCCAUGUAUCAAAAGUGGGAGAAGCCUCAUCUACCAGAACAGAAACAGUGGAGCCAUGUGUUGGUUUUAUGACUGGAAACGGAGACGAAGUGAAUGUAUCUGAAGAUGCCUUGCGACUAGUGAAACAGGCAUAUGAUAAUGAUGAUGUUGCAAGUGACAUGCUUUUCUCUAAAUGGACAAUAGAGUCCAAGAAAUCUAAAUUAAGCACCAGAUCAACCAGAAGUUGUGUGUCUAAACAAAGGGAGGCCUCCGAUUCAAAAAUUGAUAAGCCAUUCGUUGGCUUUAUGACUGGAAAAGGUGAAAAGGUAAAGGUGUCUGAUGUUUCUUUGAAGAAAGUGAAGCUGGAUUUUGAUGAUGAGAUUAACCCAGUUGUGAAAAAGCCGUUCAUAGGUUUCUUAACAGGCAAAGGGGAAAAAGUACAUGUUUCUGAUGAUGCGAUUAAAAAAGUAAAAUUUGUUUUUGAAGAAGAGAUCAGUAGUGGUGUGUCUUUCAAGGACCAAUAUGCUGGGUUCCAAUCUGGAAGUGGUACAACUGUGUCUGUUUCUGCUAAGUCAUUGAAUAAGACUAAACAACUCCUGGAUGCUAAAAUGGAUAAUGCACUGAGCGAUUCAGAAAGAAAUGCCAGUUGCAUUGGAUUUCUGACUGGCAGAGGGAAAAAGGUCAGCAUCUCUGACAAUGCCAUCAUGAUGGGAAAGAAACUCCUCAAUGAGGCAACAGAAAAGUUUCCAAUGAAUAAGCAUCUUCCCUCAGGAUCUGUGCUAGGCUUUAAAACUGCUCGAGGAUCAAAGGUUGAUAUUUCUGAUGAUGCCAUCAAACAUGCAAGAGGUGUUCUACAGGACCAGAUGGCAAGAAAAAACUUUCAAGAUCCAGAAGUUCCUUUGAUGUCAGAAAUCAACUUGCAGCAGGAAUUGCAGAAAAUGUCAAAAAGCAAAGAGAGAUCUCAAUCCAGGAGGUUCCCAUCUCACAAGAACAAGACAGAAUAUUCUAAAGGAAUGGGUGUCAGAAAAUCACUGAAACAAUCUUUGUCUACUUCAGCAGCACUGGAUUUUGAAUCUCCAACUGGAAGAAUCGCACUUGCAGAGGAACAAGCAACAGCACCUUUUAAGCCUUCACCUGAAACUAUUUUUCAGGAUAGGAGUUCAUUCUUACCAGGCAAUUCGAGUCACGUCAAACCUCUUGUGUCUCAGCCAAACAACACUCGUUAUGGAAGGAGAGAAGGCACGUUCAGGUCAGAGAAGGUAACCCCAUGUCACGUGGAUUCUUCUGGAGAGUCUUCUUUUAUCACACCUUUCAAGGAAGGUAAAAUUUCAAGACAGACAUUGUCAGGACCUCAGCCUAGCAGGUUAUUUGACAAACCAAGAUCAUGUAAAGUCAGAGGUCAUUCAGGAGCACCCUUUGCAAAGAAGCUAAAGCUGAACUUGUUCUCAGACGAUCGGGUAGAUGAUCAUCAAGGAAUAACUGAGCUGCCAGAGAGGUCAUGUGAUAUUGAUGGAGAUUUUGGAAGAUUGAUGAGGGAUGAUCAGCUCAAGCGAAUCCAAGCUAAGAAGAGUUAUACAGUGAAGCCUCAGAGAGGAAAUCUUCGGCAGAAACGGCAGUCAUUGGAAAGAAUCAAGCUCAGUGAUCUAGUGGAUGGAGAGCUCCCACGGAGAUACGACGAAGAAGAGAUGUUUUCUUCUGGUGUACUGCGAUCUACAGUGGGUGUUACCGCAGCCUCUGCAGAGGAGUUCCAGUUCAUUGGAUUGGACCACUUUUCGGAGGGGGUUCUCUCAUCAGGAGGAAUUCAACUUGCAGAUGGUGGUACCCUUAUCUUUGAUGGUGCAGGUAGAGCAGGAAAGAAGGAAUUUUAUAAUGCUUUAAUGGACACUCCUGGAGUCGACCCCAGGUUCGUGACCCCGGAAUGGGUGUACAAUCACUAUCGCUGGAUUGUCUGGAAGUUAGCCUCCAUGGAACGUUCCUACCCAAUGCAGUUUGGUGGAAGGUCCCUUACUCCAGAAUCAACCUUACUCCAGCUCAAGUACCGGUAUGAUCGUGAGGUCGACGAAAGUCAGCGAUCGUCUAUCAAGAGGAUAACUGAAAGAGAUGAUACGCCAUCAAAAACUCUUGUUCUGUGUGUUGCAGCGGCGCAUGACAGCACCCAGCAAUCUAACCAGUCCAGUAGCCAAGAGAAGUUAACACAGUUGCAGACAACAACAUUGGAGCUAACUGAUGGAUGGUACAGCAUACAUGCUAGUCUUGAUUCUGCUCUUCAACGAUUGGUCAAGACAGGGAAGCUAGUGAUUGGUCAGAAGAUUAUCAUCCAUGGUGCUGAGCUUAUUGGCUCGCAAGAUGCCUGCCCUCCCUUAGAGGCACCAUCAAGUCUGAGACUUAAGAUAUCAGCAAACUCAACUCGCAGGGCACGGUAUGACGCAAAGCUAGGAUAUCAGCGGCGCCCUCAAGCAUUCCCAGUACUGUUACCCUCAAUUUAUGCAGAUGGUGGCAUGGUUGGCUGCCUUGAUGUACUAGUAGUCAGAACCUACCCUUUAAUGUAUAUGGAGAAACUGACAGAGGGCGGUUGUGUUUUCCGCACAGAAAAGUCGGAGCGCAAGGCCGCAGCCGAUUACUCCAAGAAUCAUCAGAAGCGAUUAGAGGAAAUUUACGACAAGAUCCGGUCAAAGUUUGAAAAUACUUCCAUUGAGUCGAAGAGUGCAAAACGACGCAGAAGUCUUAAGCUAACAGGCAAAGAGAUUGCAAUGUUGCAGACGGGUGGGGAAAUACACGAUGCCGUAGAAACAGCAUUUGAUCCAAAUUCAAUAGAG